GAGAUCUGAUGAAAACUCGAUUUUCGAAAAACGAGGUUUCGCCUGCAGAUGGAACAAUUCUGUAUCUUGGUCCUAUUUUAACAUCUCAAGUAAAACGGGUUAAGGGAAUAUCAUAUAGCCUGCGGCAUUUUUUGGGCGAUACAAAAUCACAAACAAGCAAAGAAGAUGAAGAGGAAGAGCUUACUGAUCAAGAUAACGAUGAUUAUGUAAAAUCUCUUUUAAAAAAUUCAAAUAAUUCACUGUAUCAGUUAACAGUAUAUCUAGCACCUGGAGAUUAUCAUCGAUUUCAUAGUGCGACUGAAUGGAAGAUUAGGCUUCGUCGUCAUUUUCAAGGUAAAUUGCUAAGCGUAAACCCAAGAGUAGUCAAUUGGUUUCCACAUUUAUUGGAAAUCAAUGAGCGAGUUAUUUACAUAGGUGAUUGGAAAGAAGGCUUUAUGGCUUAUGCUGCAGUCGGCGCCACUAAUGUAGGUUCCAUAAGAGUAUACUGUGAUAGUACUCUUCGCACGAAUACCAAGUGGAAGAAAGAAGAUAAUGGGCAAGAUUUUCAUUUUAUUUCUACACAAAUUGCUAAAGGAGAAAUAUUUGGGGAAUUCAGAUUAGGGUCUACAAUAGUGCUUUUGUUUGAAGCACCUAAAAAUAUUUGCUUUUCUGCAAAAGUUGGUCAAGCAAUCAAAAUGGGUGAAGCAAUAACAAUGAUACCGACAGAAUGUGAUCAAGUAAACAAGAUCCCAAUUAAUUUAAAUAGAUCGAUAUUAGAUGCACUCAAUCUUCUUGGAUUCUGCCGAAAUAUAAACACUAAUGGAUUGUAAAGUUGUUUAAAUAUUAUAAUAAAUAUGUUUAUAGAAAGUA